CCUUUUGUGAGAUGUUUUUGUGAGUUGGGUUAAACGCCACUAUUCAACAGAAUUAUGCCUUUGAAUAAUCCUCUACUAUGCCCUUUGAUAUUGGGGACCUUAACCUCUUUCUUAGCAGAUUCCUAUGGAAGUAUUACAGAUACCAGAUUGUUCAGAUUGAAAAAUGUGACGGAAAUUGAGACAUUUAGAAGAGAAAGUCUUAGUGAUGCAAUUAAGCCUGGAGCCAUUGCUGGCGUCAUAACACGAAAGGGAUUUUUUGCCUUUGAUUCAGAUAAUAAUGAUGCUUACAAAACCGCAGGAAUGGAUUCUCAGCACCUGUUGAUGAAUGCUAAACUAAAACACAUGGGACCUGCUGUUCAGUGCGCUGAAGAUGCUAUGACCUUGCGGGUCAAGGGAGGGAAGGCUCCCCAUUUUCUGGUUGACAAUGGUGAGGGGACUCUCAUUCCCAUGACUUGGAUGCCUUCUCGGUGUGGAUUCUCUGUGAGAAGGUCUCGCAGAGAUGUGCUUUUUGUAGCUCCAUACCAAGGCUGCCAUGUUACUGAACAGGGUGGGGAUCAUGUACUACAUCUAAAGCUGUGGGGAAAAUCCAUGACAAUGUCUUGUCCUCUUGCACCUCCUCUCCCUUCUGUCUCCUGCUUCAUGAAUGGCAUGGUGUUAAGUAUGGGUAAUAUUGCAGCAGCUGCACUCUAUGUAAAAGUCUCUGAUGCAUGGGAGCCCUUGCUGUUAUCUGGUGAACCUUGUGGCUUUAUUGUGGAAUCAAACUCCAGAGAUUUGAUCAUCAAAGCUCCUUACAGAAAACCUUGCAUCCUAUUAAAGGAUGAGGAUCAUGUUCUUGUCCUGUUGGUGAAUGAUCAAGAGUUUGCGGUAUCCUGCCCAUCAUCACCUGCUAUUCUUGCUGGCAUUCCAGCAACGAGCCCUGCUAAUCCCCAGAUGCUAACCACAAACAGUGCUGUGCCAGCUCCAGACCCUUUCAAGCCUCAGGCUCCAGCUCAGUCUCCUUAUCCAUAUUUCCCAGGGUUACCCCAUUUCCCAUGGUUCCCCCCAUACUCAGGGUUCCCCACAACUGACUCUACGAGGGGUGCGCCUGCUGAUCUUCAGAUGCCGACCACAAAAACGAUUGCUUCCGCAGACCUUUCCGAUGCUGUAGACUCCUCCGAUACUCAAUCGGCAGAUCUGCAUCCUUACUCCUGGUUCCCAGGGUCUCCCAAGAUGCUUACUAUUACAAACCCCUCUGAUCCUGAGUCAGUAGAGUUGCCUUCGUACCCCCAGGUCACAGGAUUCCCUCUAUACCCCGGGUACCCCAGACUGUCCCCAUCUACAAGAACUGCACCCGCUGAUCCUCAGAUGCCAACCACAAACACUGCUGCAUCCGCUACUGCCAGCCCUUCUGAUGCUUGGACACCAGAGCAGCAUCCUUAUCCCCAUUUCCCAGGGUUCCCUCCACAUUCAGGGUUUUUCUAUUUCCCAGGGUUCCCUCCAUACUCACAGUUCCCCACAAAUGACACUACGAGAACUGCACCCGCUGAUCCUCAGAUGCCAACCACAAACACUGCUGCAUCCACUACUGCCAGCCCUUCUGAUGCUUGGACACCAGAGCAGCCUCCUUAUCCCCAUUUCCCAGGGUUCCCUCCACAUUCAGGAUACUUCUAUUUCCCAGGGUACCCUCCAUACUCACAGUUCCCCACAACUGACACUACAAGAGAUGCACCUGUUGAUCUCCAGAUCCCAACCACAAGAACUUCUUCUGCAAGCCCUUCCGAUCCAAAGUCGGCAGAGCUGCCUUUGUACCCCCAGUUCCCUCCAUACCCCGGGUUCUCCCAGUUCCCAGGAUUCCCUGGACCAUUCCCAAACACUGAACCUAUGAGGGCUUCACCCGCACACACCCAGAUGCCAACCACCAAGACUGCUGCACCCUCUACUGAAGCCCCUCCUGAUCCUGAAUCAGCAGAGCUGCCUUUGUACCCCCAGUUUCCAGGGUUUCCUCCAUAUCCCAGACCGUUCCCAGCGGCUGGCUUUACGAGAGCUGCAACCACAGAUCCCCAGAUACCCAUUGCUGCCGACCCUACUGAUCCAGAGUCAGUUACACUCCGCCCAUACCCAGGGUCCCCAUCAUACCCAGGAUUCCCCCAGUUUCCAGGGUUUCCUUCAUACCCAGGGAUUCCUUCAUAUCACGGAGUCCCCUGGUUUCCAGGGUUCCCGCCAUACACACGGUUUUCCAGACCAUUCCCAACGACUGCCACUACAAGAGGAGCACCCAGUACUGCAGGCUCCUCCGAUCCUCAGAUGCCAGAACAGUCUCCUUACCACUAUUACCCAGGGUUCCCUGAACAGUCAGGGUUCCCUAGACCAUUCCCAAUGACUGCCCCCACAAAAGUUGCAUCUGUUAAUCCCAAAAUACCGCCAACAAAGAUCACUGCACCCUCUACUGCAGGCUCCUCCGAUCCUGAGUUGGCAGAGCUACCUCCUUACCCCCGUUUCACAAGGUUCCCUCCAGACACAGGGUUCCCCAGACCAUUCCCAAUGACUGCCAUUACAAGAGCUCUGGCCUCUACUGCAAGCAUUUCUGAUCCGAAGAUGCCAGAGCAGCCUUUGUACCACCAUCGCCUAUGGUUCCCUCAUUUCCAAAGAUUCCCUGCACAUUCAGGGUUUCCUAGACCAUUCCCAGUUACUGCCCCUACGAGAACUGCACCCAAUGAUCCCCAGUUGCUGACCACUAAGACUUAUGGACCCACUACUCCAGCCUCUGGGUGGAUUACUGCAACUCCUUACAAGCCUUCAAAUUCCAAACGUGGCAUCAGCAUAGCCCCUCGCUUGAAAUUGUAUAACAGUGCUCUGAAGGGCUCAAUGCAGAGUAACGAAGUGCCCUCAACCUAAUAAGUGAUUGUAAAUUAGACAGUUUGCUGGAAAGAUUAACUUUCUUGGCCUAGUUGUAUAGUUGCUUUUUCAGUAUUGUUUUGUCAGCAUUAAUUUUGAUUAAAUUAUCCAUAAAAAAAUUCAUAGC